AUGCCAGCUUCAAAUACAUCCAUAUCAUUGAAAACGCUGGAGCAGACUCAGACAGAUACGGUGGAUUUCGUCGGACCUGGCGACCCUGACAUCCCGAGAAAUUGGCCCACGAUAGCAAAAACAGCGGUCAUGGUGGAUGUCAUGUUUUUGAACUUUAGCUUUUAUGCCGCAUCGGCGGUCUUCACCCCGAGUAUACCGGAGAUUAAAAAGAAGUUUGGUGCGACUACUGCAGAGGGAACUUUAGGGUUGUCGCUCUUUGUUAUCGCCUAUGGUAUUGGACCACUGAUUCUUUCUCCUCUGUCUAAUCUCCCUGGUGUUGGGCGUUCGCCGGUCUAUCUCCUUGGAUGUCUGGCUUUCUGCCUGGUCAACAUCGGCACUGCUCUUGCAAAAAACUUACACACAAUAUUGAUUCUUCGAUUCUUCGGUGGCUUGGUUGGAAGUACUCCCAUCAGCGUAGGAGGUGCCUCUCUCAUGGAGGUAUACGGUCCAGCAGAAGUUCCCUACGCUAUUGCUCUGUACGCCGUCAGCGGGAUUUGUGGGCCAGUUCUGGGACCGAUCCUUGGGACAUUGGUGAUCGGUCGAUGGCAUAUAUGGUCGGCUACCCUCUGGCUUCUGGCUGGGAUUACUGCCUUCACAACAGUAUUGAUCUUCUUUACCCUGCCCGAGACUCUGGCAUCAAACAUUCUUCUUCGUCGCGCGCAACGACUUCGAGCGCAGACUGGAGACCCAGCGUACCGAAUCCAAGCUGAAAUCGAUUCGUCAGACUCCCACUUUGUCGUUGAGCUUAUCAAAGGGACCCUGGCUGAUCUCACAUUGGCAUGUACGGAUCCGGUUAUUCUUUUUGUUAAUCUCCACACGAUGCUGAUCUACGGAGUUUUAUAUCUGUGGUUCGAGUUCUUUCCCUUUGUUUUCGAUGGGACCUACCAUUUCUCUGAAAUUCACCAAGCACUCGCAUUCUUCGGCAUCAUGGUCGGCGCAGUCAUAUCUGUCAUUGCCUACAUUCUCUGGCUAAAAUUCUCCUACCAACCCCGAAAACUCACAGCAGACGCCAUCGUCGAGCCAGAAGCACGACUCAUUCCGGGCCAAAUCGGCGCCAUCUGCAUCCCGAUCUGCUUAUUUAUGUUCGCAUGGACAUCCCGCGAAAGGCACGUUUUCCCUCCAGAUAACAUGCUGCCUCAGGACGCGGCGGACAACAAGCAAUUGCAAUGUCCGAAGAUGCAGCAGAGAACACUCACUGAGCCGUCAACGGACUCAAGCGAUACAGAAGUGACAUCUGACGCUUUGGAGAAAGCGCCUCUUCAGAGAGACCGUCGAUUCUGCUGGUUUCAGAAUCGAACCCGUCCAUCAACCCCAUUGCCAUGGAUGAAGCGGAUGCAUUUCCCAGAAGGAGAAGAAUGGGUCAAAGGCGUAGUCUUCUCCACACGAUGGGUCGGUCUAGUCCUCAUCAUAAACGUGAUUCUGUUCAUCGUUGCAGUCGUCAUGGGCUACUCGGGUUCCAGAUCCUCCAACGAUAAAUCCACGAUGUCUACGGCGAUUUACGACGGGAGGUGUUCGGUAUCAGGAGGCUGGGCUACAGGACUGCAUGCGCUGAUCAAUAUCCUCAGCACCGCUCUGCUGGCAACCAGUAGUUACACCAUGCAGUGUUUGAGUGCGCCAUCACGCGAGGAUAUUGACAAGGCCCAUGCGAAGGGGGAGUGGCUGGACGUUGGGACUUUCAGCUACCGGAACGUCGCCGCCAUGGAUAUCCGACGCAAGGUGAUCUGGUUGGUCCUUCUGUUGACCUCGAUACCAAUUCAUUUGAUGUAUAACUCGGUUGUCUUCUCAUCCAUGGCCACAAACCUGUAUGGAAUCGUUUUCAUUCCCGACGACCUAGGAAUCAACGAGCCCAUAUAUGCCGACAAUAGAACCGCAGGUCUAAUUGGCGAUGCUCUGGGCUACAGGGCACAGGAGUUGCAAAUGGAGAUAUUCAACGGUACCUUGAGAAACCUGACCCUGCAGGAUUGCGUGGACGCAUACGCAGUCGAGUACAACACCCAUCGAAAAACCCUCGUGUUGGUCGCCGACCGCAAGUAUUUCCGUAAUUUCUCCAGUCUACGGUCGUACUAUGAAGACUCCAGCCAGAGCUAUUACGCCUACAAUUCCUACCGAUACUCGUGGAUGUGCUCCGAACAUCCACCUUCCUGCACAAAAGACGGUGUGAUGGGGCUGAUCGAUCAAAGCCAAUGGACUGUUUUCGCUCAGCAUUGGGAAUAUCGAAACUGGAUCUUUGAUGCACCCGCCUGGGAUGGGACAAUGAGAAUAUUCUCAUGUCAGUAUAACGAGUUAGGGGCUGUCUAUGACAAGAACCUGGACCCCAUGGAGACGUCGUUAGGCAACGAUCUGAAAACACUCUGCUACUAUGUUGCCCUACAGAAUCCCAAUCAAGAGCAGUUGGACGCGUACCUGUCCACUCCUGCGCACUGGAGGAAUGGCUCAUGGGCGUCUCAGGUUUCGUACCGGUGGGAGAACUACACAAGGUACAUUGCUGGAGUGGGACCAGCCCCUGUUAUCAACAUCCCCAUUUCCCAUUGCAUGAGCAAGGAGGUCGAUGAACGGUGCCAGCUGCUGUUCAGCCUGCCAAUCGGUCUAGUCGUCAUCAUGUGCAACGUGAUCAAGCUGGUAUUUAUUUGCCUGGCAGUCAACACGAAGAGAAAAGAGAUAUUCUUGACUGUUGGCGAUGCGAUAGCGUCUUUCCUCGCUGAACCCGACCCAGCCACCAGACAUCUGCUCUAUGUUCAGUCCCAGGUCGAUGUUGAUCGUUGCUCACAGGAACACAUGUCCAUGGGCCGUAGAGUGACCUCCUGGGUUUCCCGAAACCUGUGCAGCCAUGGACGCACACGUUCCUCAUUCCUCAUUGCAACAGACUCUUCAUCUCGCCCAAUUCCAUCGCGGCGAAAGAGAUGGUACCAGGCAGCUAGUCCGGAACACUGGACGAUCCUCCUCUUCAUCUCUGUCGCCAUGAUCGGCCAGGCCGCCCAGAGUGUCAUGCAAGCCGUGCUGCUUAGCAACACCCCGCAGCUCUUACUCUCCAUCAUAUAUUUUCUCAGCAAUAGCAUCUUAACCAACAUGCUCGUGGCAGCCGAAUACAAUGACUACGCCAUCCAUCGGAAGCCGCUGCGCGUCUCCUGGCCCCGGGCCCAACAGCGGUCGACGCGCUACCUCAGUCUGCCUUACCGGUACCGGGGACCGUUCGUCGUGGUGGCGGUUGCGCUGCACUGGCUGAUAUCUCAGAGUCUUUUCUUUCUCCAGGUUCGAGUUUUUGAUAUCGAUGGCACUGUCAUUGAUCGUUGGAGCACCACACGCUGCGGGUAUUCGCUUGUCGCCUUGCUUACUACCAUUAUUGUUGGUGCGAUCGCUACCAUCGCUUUUCUGGUGCUGGGGUUGCGAAAGUACAAGUCGAAUAUGCCGUUGCCUCUGUAUAGUAGUGUGGAGAUCAGUGCAGCUUGCCAUCCUCCUCAAGAUGAUAAGGACUCAGCGCUGAAGCCGGUAAUGUGGGGAGCUGUGGCUGAAUCCAAGCUGGACCAGAGCUUGACGGAGUUGAGAUAUUACACAUUUACGUCGAAGGAAGUCAUUCCCCCGGAUCACUGUAGUUGA